CAUAAUUUGUUUGUUUCUUAAAAGAAAAAAACCAAAUCACCACUUCUCAUUCACUGAUUGGGCAGUGCCCUUUAAGAAAAAAAAUCAUAGAAUUGCUUCCUGUUCCUGUAUAAAUUUCACACAAUAAAAGCCUCUGCUCCAUGUUGAUGAGAAUCUCAUAAAAAUCUCUCGUCCUAGGAUCAUCAAAACGACCCCAAACACAUCACAUCACCGUCGUUUUGUCAUGGCGGACAGCAACAGCAAUAGGGAGCCGUUCGUAGUGGAGCGAAACAGAAGGAAGUUCGAGCGGUGCGUUUCGCACGCGCAGGAUGAGCUGCAGAGCUUCCGAUCGUAUCUACGGUGGAUGUGCGUCGAUCAGUCAACCAUCUGGACGGCUAGCCUUUCGUGGUCUGUGUUCCUUCUCUUCACGAUUGUGGUUCCUGCCAUUUCCCAUUUUGUCCUCGCUUGUUCCACCUGCGACAGCAAGCACGAUAGGCCAUACGACAGCGUCGUUCAGAUGUCGUUGAGCAGCGUCGCAACGCUGUCCUUUGUGUGUCUCUCCAAUUUUUAUAGGAAGUAUGGGCUUCGAAGGUUCUUGUUCUUUGAUAAGCUUUGGGAUGAUAGUGAGACCGUCCGCAGAGGAUACACAGCCCAACUCAAUAGAUCACUAACGAUUCUUGGAAUAUUUGUGGUACCGUGCUUGGUAGCAGAGACUGGAUACAAGAUAUGGUGGUACACCUCAGGAGCUUCACAAAUCCCUUUCCUUGGUCACGUUGUGGUUAGUGAUACCGUAGCAUGCAUAAUGGAGGUCUUCUCCUGGCUCUAUCGAACCACAGUCAUCUUCCUCGUCUGCGUUCUCUUCCGUCUCAUAUGUCAUCUCCAAAUCCUACGCAUCCAAGACUUUGCCACUCUCUUCCAUGUUGACUCUGAUGUGGGCUCUGUUCUCUCGGAGCAUCUUCGAAUCCGAAAACAUCUACGGAUCAUAAGCCACCGUUUCCGAGGCUUCAUUUUGAUGGCCCUGAUCUUGGUCACUGGUAGCCAAUUCUCUUCACUUCUAAUCACCACCAAGGCCAAAUCCGAGCUUAAUAUUUUCAGAGCUGGUGAACUUGCUCUAUGCUCCAUGACUCUCGUUACUGCAGUCCUCAUCCUACUGCGCAGUGCUACCAAGAUCACACACAAGGCACAGGCAGUGACAUGCCUUGCUGCCAAGUGGCAUGUCUGCGCCACAUUAGAUUCCUUCGACGAUGCUAACACCCCUAUGGCCCAGGCCGCCGCAGCUGCUGCCCGUGAUAUGUUUGAUGCUGCUGCUGCUGCUGCAGCAGCAGAUGAUCAAUCAGACGGUACUGAGGAGGAUGAAGCUGAAGGUGAAGAAGAUGAGUUGGACAACACCAAAUUUAUCCCAGCAUAUGCUUAUAGUACAAUUUCAUUUCAAAAGAGACAAGCUCUUGUGACAUACUUUGAGAACAAUAGAGCUGGUGUUACAGUAUUUGGAUUCACAUUGGACAGAACAACGUUACACAGCAUAUUUGGAGUUGAACUUGCUUUGGUACUAUGGUUACUUGGAAAGACCAUUAAUGCAUUGUAAAAAGCUUAAUAACAAGCCGUACGUACAUAGCCACUCCAAGAUAUCUUUGGUCUUCUCCAAUAAUGGUACUGAGAAAGAAACGAAUGUUUUGAGAUUGGCCACUUCAGAUUAAGGUUGCCAGGAAGAUUGGUGCGGCAGAGCUAUAAAUGUCGUUUGGGUCCCCUUAUACUAUCGCGUAUAGUGUCGUUUUUUCUUUCAUUCUUUCUUUCCGUCUUAUGUCUAUCCUCUAUUGUCUUGUCAUUCACUUGGGUGACAUCAUAAUGUACAAUAGGGAUUUUGUACAUUUUAUUGGUAAAUUCUUUUCUGCUUAGAGGUUAUAUAUAUUUUUUAA